AGACGAAAGAAAGAGGAGCAAAGAAAGGCGCACAAGAAAGAGCUGAGGAGGGAAGCCAAAGAGGCAGAAGAGCGAAGGCGAGAGGAACAGCUUCGCGGUUCUGGCAGUCCCGCCACAGCCAUUUUUGAGCGCAGAGACAGCCCGAGACCAUCGGAAAACAGCUUUGCAUUCUCCAGACUGGCUUUCGAGGAUGGCACUGCGGCGGAUGCCUCCCUGAGCACACUUAAUGACGCCAAGAAGAAGAAGGGACCACAAGAUCCAAAGACUGCGCUCUUGGCUGCUCAGAAGAAGCAAGCGCGAAUCAGUGGACUCGAUGCAGGCAAGAAGGCCGACAUUGAAGAGAAGGAUAUGUGGCUGCACGCCAAGAAGCGAGCGCAUGGUGAGAGGGUACGUGAUGACACAAGCUUGCUGAAGAAGGCUUUGAAGCGGAAGGAGAAGCAGAAGAACAAAUCUGAAAGGGAAUGGAAGGAAAGAGAGGAGAACAUUACAAAAGCUCGAGAGGCUAAGCAGAAAAAGCGCGAGACAAAUCUGCAGAAGAGACGAGAUGAGAAGGGCCAGAAGGGCAAGAAGAAGGGUGGCUCAAGUGGUGGAGCGAAAGGAAAGAAGAAGGGCAGACCUGGGUUCGAAGGCCGAUUUAAGGCUUAAUGAGGGAUGGCAUGGCAUGGCAUUGUAUAGAUCUCAGCGCUUACGGCAGCAGUCAUAAUCACACCAUCCUUUUCAUGCCAG